ACUGGCCGUCGCGCGCGCAUCGACGCGCACAAAUUGUACCGUGCACGUGAUAUCUGUGGAAAUCUGUGAGAACUGUGACCUUGUGUGUGUUUCCGUGCGUUCGGAAGAUUUAUACGAUCCACGAUGCGGUUGAGGCGCGGCGCGUCGGCUUUUCUACUUCUCCUAUUACAUAUGAGUGGCACAAUCGGUGAUCAAACAUCGAACGAGAAUUCUGGGGGAGGUAAUGCGAGUCCCGAUGCAAACAGUGCGGCGGAGCCUUCCAGUGACCAGUUGGCUAUGGAGUCCUCAGAAAGGGAUACACCAAGUCAUGCAUAUAAUGGACCGCCACCGCCUGUACCACCACAACUUAACAGGAGGCAGAAUCCAGCUCAUCAUCAGCCGCAUCAUGCAAUAGGUAUGCCAAGAAUUACAAACCAUCAUCCGAUUCACUCCAAGCCGUUUGCUCUCGGACCUCCUGUGAAUCACCACAAAAAUGAUAUUGGAACAGGUUUCCGUGGACCUCCACCACCUCCAGCCCCUUCAGCAGACGCACAGACAUCAGCGAGUGACAAGGUUUUCAGCACAACAGGAGAUGUCUGGCCUGCACCAGCCCCAGACAUGCCUAAAAUUGUUUCGCUAGAUGUAAAAUGCGAAAAAAAUGCUAUGCGGGUGUUUCUCAGCUUUGACAAACCCUUCUUUGGUAUAGUAUUUUCCAAAGGUCACUACUCGAACCACCAAUGUGUUCAUCUUCCACCGAAUCUAGGAAGAACUUCGGCCUCAUUUGAAAUUGGAGCUCAUGCUUGUGGCACUGCAGGUAGUGGUGAUCCUAGAUAUAGAGGCGAUGUAGCUGCCGCUGGUACAUACUUUGAAAAUGUAAUUGUUAUACAAUACGACCCACAAGUACAGGAAGUAUGGGAUCAAGCGCGUAAGUUGCGUUGUACAUGGCAUGACCAGUAUGAAAAGGCUGUCACCUUCCGACCAUUCCCUGUAGAUAUGCUAGAUGUUGUACGAGCUGACUUUGCUGGUGAUAACGUUGGUUGCUGGAUGCAAAUUCAAGUUGGCAAAGGACCAUGGGCUUCUGAGGUAUCAGGUUUAGUUAAAAUAGGACAGACCAUGACUAUGGUGUUGGCUAUUAAGGACGAUGAUGCCAAGUUUGAUAUGCUAGUACGGGAUUGUGUAGCUCAUGACGGUCAACGUGCUCCAAUUCAACUCGUUGACAGACGAGGAUGCGUUACAAGGCCUAAGUUGAUGUCACGGUUUACAAAAAUAAAGAAUUUCGGAGCUAGUGCAUCAGUAUUGUCAUACGCUCACUUCCAAGCAUUUAAGUUUCCUGAUUCAAUGGAAGUUCACUUCCAAUGUACGAUACAAAUCUGCAGAUAUAGAUGUCCCGAGCAGUGUUCUGAAAGUGCUAACGUUAUUGCUCCACAUGCUGAAUAUGGCCCACCUCAGAUUGAUUCUUACCCAGUAGGAGUGGAAGUUAGGCGUGACGAGAGAAGAGUCAGGAGACAACGAGCAACAUCACCAGAAAAGGAAGUCGGAGUUAAUAGAGUCAUUCGAGUCGUCUCAGCUGGUGACCUAAACAUGGACUCUGCAGAUGAAAACUCCGCUCCACGCGUUGUACCCACACCCGGACUUGUUUGUAUGACUACGCCUGGAUUUGCUGCGACUCUUGGCGCUCUCCUAGUGACACUGAUAAGCUCAUGUGCUGUAUCAGCAGUUCUAUUCUUUAAGUUACGCCCGAUCAGUAAAUUGAAAAAGAAGACUGCUCCAAUCGCAACGAUAACUCGACCGCAUCCACCAACAGGGCCAUGUCAUGUUAUUUCAAAGAGUCGAUUUUACUCGUAACAUAGCAUUUUACUUAAUAUGUAAAUAUUAGUGUGAUGAGACUGAAGUAUAUAGUUCAAUGAUAAUUGGAAACGUUUACAAAUUAUGUGCGUUAAGUACGAGUGCUCAAUUGGUUAAAAAAUAAUAUAAGCUAUGUUUUUUAUUAUGUAUUAAAACAAAUUACAUUUUGGGUGACCAUAUUCAAAGUAUUAGACAUUAAGGCAGGCUUAACGAUAUUUAGGGUAACUGGUUAACGAAGACAAAGUUAUACCUAAGAUUAUACGCAGAAGAAACUUCUAUUAUGUAACUUUAAAAAAUAGAUAAAUCUAUGAAAUAGUUACUAGCAUGCAUUUUUGUAUAUUAAGAUUAUUUAUCGUUUUGUUGGCCAUUAUUUAUUCGUUUAUUUUAAUCGUACGAACCAGAUGCGGACAUAAAUUAUAUAGGGACCUUUAUUGACAUGAAGGAGAAUGUUUAUACGUUGAUAUAAAAAUACGUAAUGACUCAUAAUUUAUAUGAGACUUCUUUAUUUCUAGUUUAGCUUGAAACGAAAAUUGUUUUUUAAAAACCCAUCUACAAAAUCUUCUGACACUACGACAAUUUCAUAUCGUUAGUUCAAAUAAUAUUAGAAAAUAGCUGCCUGUCGAAUUUAAUUUCUCCU